AUGGCUUUAAAUAAUAACCCUUUUGACUAAUUACAAGAAGACAACGAAAAUUGCGGAUUUUAAAAUAAAAUUUAUGAAAAUGAAGAUUUAUUUGAAUUAAAAGCAUUUGAUUUGAAAAAAUUUCCCGACGAAAAAAUAAAAAUAUUCAAAUCUUCUUCAAAAUAAAUAAUAGUCGUCACAAUUACAAAUAGAAUAUUUCGUUGGCGUUAUGAAUUAGAUGACGAAUUCAUAGAAUACGAAAUUCCCGAAAAAAAAGAUGAAGGAAACAUAAUAUCAACAAUCGCAGGUGUAGCAAAUUUAGCCAAAGAUAUAGGAAAAAAAAUGCUUUUUAUGAAUACAAAUAAAAAAAAUACAUACAUAGAAUAAUUUUUUUUAGAUGUAAAAGGAUAUCAUUGUAUAUUUUGUUCUGAUCAAGGACUUAAUUUUUAUUUUGGAUAUAACUAAUAAAAGAUUAAAGUUUUAAAAAACAUUAAAGGAGAUGAGUUUACUAUUAGAAGUGCAGCUUUCGAUGAAACAUGUACCGAAACAAAUACAAAAAACAUGCUUUUAGGAACAACAGACGGAGUAUUAUACAUUUAUAAAAUUGAAUAUUAAAAAAACACAAAUGAAUUAAUUGAAUCUAAUCCAGAUAGAAUUUUAUAAAUUCCGGAAAAUCGACCAAUUUUAUAAAUUGUAUACUUUUUAGUUUAAAUAUAAUAAUAAAAAUAAUAAACUAAAACCGGAUUAGUUGUUUUAUCAACUAGUUAAUCUUUGUAUACUUUUACAGGGACUUCAGAUCUAUCUUUACUAUUGAGUAAAUAUAAGUAGGUAGAAUUAGAAAAAUUAGAAAAAGUGACUUUUAAUCCUUCUGAAAGUUCUCUUCUGGAUGUUUGUUAUGAAAUAGAUAAUAAAGGAAAUAGGUCUCCUUAAAGCAUUAUUUGGACUAACGGAUAUAGAUUAAAUUAUUAUAUUAUUCCUAAAAACUAAAAUUAGUUCAAUGAAAAAUUUUUAAGCUAACCAUCAUAUUAUAGAUAUGCAAAAUAAACUGAUUAAACAGAAUAGGAAAAAUAAUUAAAAGUAGAAUAAAUGCCUAUUGAUAUUUGUUUAACUUUAUAUCAUUAUUUUAUUUUACAUUAAGAUUCUUUAACCAUACUAUCAAGAAUAAAUGAAAAAGUUGUUUAAUAUUUUGAUUUAAAAUCAAUAGGUAAAAUUUUAGGAAUGAGCUUUGACAUAGAAAACUAAUAAAUUUGGAUUUAUUCUAACAGAAAAAUUUAAAAAUUAAUUAUUUAAAAUGAAGAUAAAGUACUUUUAUUAAAAAUUAAAAAAAAUAUAUUUAUGUGUAUAUAUAUAUUAAAAAAGGAUGCUUGGAAAUUAUAUUUAGAGAAAAAAGAAUAUAAAUAAGCCUAUGAAAUUAGCUCUAAAAAUAGUUUAGAAGUUACCGAAUAUCUUUCAGGAUUAUAUGCAGAUGAGCUUUUUGAAAAAAGAAAUUAUGUAUUAGCUGCUUAAUAAUAUUUUCAAACAGAAAGGAGCUUUGAAUAAAUAACAUUAAAAUUUAUACAAGGAUAUUAAAAUACUAACGAAGUAGAAUUAAAUGAAGGAUUAGAAACUUAUUUAGAAUUAUGGUUGAAAAAAUUAAAAAAUGAAGAAAAUUUAAAGGCUUAAAAAUGCAUAUUAUUAAUAUGGCUUAUUGAAAUUAAAGUCUAAAAAUUAAAUUAUUUAGAAGCUAAAUACUAAAGUAAAUAAAAUCAAUUAAAAAAAUUAAAAGAACAGGACGAAUUAUGGGAUCGCACAUAUAACUAAUUUCUUUAAUUAAAUGAUAAGUUCAAAAAAACCGAAACCGAAUUCAAAAAACUACUAAGUGACAAUUUGAAUGAUUUGGAAGAAAAUAUUGUAUAUUAAAUAAUGUAAAGCCACGGAAGACUUAAAGAUUGUUUAGAAUUUGCCUAAAAAAAUUCAUACGAAAUGAUUAUUUUGCAUCAUAUAAAUGAAGAAUAAUAUGACUAAGCACUUAAAUAUUUAUUCUAAAUCAAAGAAAAACACAUAAAUGAGGUUUUAUAUAAAUAUUGCCAUAUUUUUAUGAGAUAUAGAACAGAGUAAACUAUUUAACUUCUCUAAAGGUACACAAAAUAUAAACCUUAGAAAUUAAUAGGGGGUUUAAUGAGUAUACAUAUGGAAAAAAGGGAUUAAGGAAUAAAUUAUAUAUAACAUUUAUUAAAUAAUGGAUGUAAAGACAAGGUUAUUCAUAAUAUCUUAAUUUUAUUUUUGUCAGACCCUUCUAAAAAAAAUAAACUUAAAGAACAUCUUUAUUAAUAAGAGAAAAUUUUAUAGGAAAAAGAAUAGGUCAACUUUGACUUAGAAUUCGCCUUGAGAUUAUUCAGAACUAAUAAAUUGUAUUCACCUUAAAUAUAAAUUUAUGGAAUGAUGGGUAUGUAUAGUGAAGCUGUAGAACUUGCUUUAAAAACUAAUCAUAUUUAAUUAGCUAAAUAAUAUGCUGAUAAACCUAUUAAUAUAGAUUGUAGGAAAAAACUCUGGCUGAAUAUAGCAAUACAUUUAUUGGGAAAAGGAGGAAAUAAUAUAGAUGAAGUCAUUUAGUUAACUAAAGAUACGGAUUUGUUAAAAAUAGAAGAUUUGUUGAUGCAUUUUAAUGAAAAUAUUAAAAUUGAAAACUUUAAAAAAGAAAUUUGUGAAAGUUUACAAGAAUAUAACAAAGAGAUUGAAUAACUUUAAAGUGAUAUGGAAAGCUAUUCAAGUAAUGCAGAUUAAUUAAAAAAUGAACUGAGAAUUAUUAAAAAUAGAUAUAUUGAAAUUGAGUCAAAUCAUACAUGUGAAGAAUGCUUCAAAAAUCUUUUUAAUGAAGCUUUUUAUGUUUUUCCUUGUAUGCAUGCCUUCCAUAAAGAUUGUUUAUUAAGUAAAGUUAAAGAAAGUUGCACAGAUUAAAAUAAAAUUAAAUAAAUCGAAAAGCUUAAUAAAAAAAUAGAAUAAUUAUAAGCUAAAAUGAAUAGAGUAGAAUAAAGAAAAAGAGAUUCUAUUGAUAGUGGUUUCUUUAAUUUUGUAAAUAUAUUUACAGGCAGACUUUCGGAAGAUGAUUAAUAAUAAGCUCCUGUAAUGUCACCAGAAGAAGAAAGAUAGCUAGAAUAAAGCAGAAAUUAAUUUGACACAAUUCUAGCAAACGAAUGUAUUUACUGUGGUCCUAGUAUAGUUGAAAGUAUUUUCUAACCUUUUGAAUAAGAUGAUGAUUUAAAGGAAAGUUGGAAAAUCUGAUGCUGUAGUCGUUUUUUUAAAUAUUUAUACAAUAUUGAUUAAUUAAAUAUUUUAAAUAAAAUUUAUAGAUUAAUUAAAAAAGAUUAAAUAUUUUUUUUAUUAACUCUAUUAUUCC